CGUGCUGGUGCUGGUGGUGGUCGUGAGUUCGGUGGUGUCAUUGCCGGCACAGACGAUCGCGAGCACUUCCCUGCGAACUGGGGGCCUCGUUCUGCCUCCCAGGUGCCGCGUGUGGAUUCGUCGACUUCCCGCUGGUGUAUAAAUAACAUCGGCAGCGGGGGAUACAAAGACGGUGGGGCGUGGAGCUGGCUACACCGUAUACGUCUGACCACACGCUGGUUGGUCAGGGAGUAAGCAGCAUAGAAGGAAAAGGAUAACAUGGACGGCGAACAGUCAAGCAGUGAACCCAGUGCAGAAGUUCCUGCAGGAGAUGCUGUGCAGGUAACCAUCGGCGCUACAGUGCCCACUGGGUUCGAGGGGACGGCCGCUGACGAGGUGAGCGAGAAGAUCGGCGUGGAGGCGCUGGUCAGCAAGGACCGUGGGCGGAUCACGUUCGUGGUGCCCAGCUCCGAGCUGCGAGAGGUGCAUCAACUGCGCUCAGUUGACAAUCUCUUCGUGGUGGUGGAACAGUUCCAGGGCUACCAGUUUAAAGAGAACAAGGAGGAGGCCUUGGCAGACUUUACCGCGCUCCCGAGCAAGCUGUCAUGGGACAUCCCCCUGGGCCUCUGGAGGCAAAACAACAACAUCAAGCGCAAGAAGACGCGUGGACAACAACGUGGGCAACCGCAAGGGCAGCAGCGGGGCAGCGUUGCAAUGGGUAGCGCAGCACCAGGGGCGACGGGCAGCGUGGAAGAUGGCGUCCAUCGUCUCAAAGUUCACGACGACUCAGACGCUACUAGCCGUGAUGAGCAAGAUGCAGCAGCAGCAGCAGCAUCAACCACGACCGCACAAGAGGAGGAGGAGGACGUCGUGGAGGCCGGAGACACCGAGAGCCCUGCCUCAGGAGAAGAUGUUGCGGCAACGGAGGAGUCGGAGGAGCUUCCGGGAGGGGAUGGCGGGAGGACGUUGCGAUUUCGCGUGACCUGCAAUCGCGCGGGCGACGGACACAGCUUCACAUCCAUGGAGGCGGCACGUGAGUUCGGUGGAGCGGUGCAGGAUCACUUCGGCUGGAAGGCGGACAUGAAGAACUUUGACGUGGAGGUGCUGGUGAACAUCCACGACCAGGAGAUGUGCGUGGGCAUUGCCCUCACGGAGGAGAGCCUCCAUCGGAGAAACAUCACGCACUUCGGACCCACCACCCUGCGCUCUACCCUGGCCUACGGCAUGCUCAGACUUUGCAGCCCGCAGCCUGGUGAUAUAAUCAUUGACCCGAUGUGCGGUACAGGAGCCAUACCUGUGGAGUGUGGCAUGGAGUGGCCCCGGAGUUUCCACAUCGGCGGCGACAGCUUUCCGAUGGCCACCAACCGCUCCGUCAACAACGUCAACCACCUCAACAGCAAGCGGAACAGCGGGGGAAGAAGCCUUCCCGUCGACAUCGUGCAGUGGGACGUGUGCCGCCUGCCGCUCAAAACGGCCUCCGUGGACGCUUGUGUCACCGACAUGCCGUUCGGAAAGAGGAUGGGAUCGCGUCGGAGGAACUGGGACCUGUACCCGGCGUGCUUGCUGGAGCUGGCUCGCGUGUGCAGGCCUGGCACGGGGCGCGCCGCCCUCCUUACGCAAGACAAGAAAUGCAUGUCCAAGGUGCUGAUGCAGAUGGGUCACCUGUGGCGGAAGGCGAACACGGUGUGGGUGAAUGUGGGCGGCCUGCACGCCGGAGUGUUCCUGCUGAGACGCACGGCCGCCCCGUACGACGGCCCCGGCCCAGGGCACCGCGAGCGUGUCGCCCCGUACGCCGAGCGCGCCGCCACCGCCGCCAGCGACAGAUCCGGCGCUCGUGACGACGGUGCGGGAAUCGGGGCCACGGGAGGCGAUGCUUGAUUAUUUAUUUGUGUGGACAGUCAUCGUCGUGGUCCCCCUCCCCCCAGUAACUUUCUGCAAGCUUUCGAUUUAAAGCUUUCGUGACUGCAGGGAUUCAUCAUCUUGGUUCUUUCGGUAAAUGAUUUUAUUAUGUUUUAUUAUUUUAUUAUUUCCCUUCUACGUGACUUUACCGAAAGAACCAAGAUUAUUUCUGCAAGCUGUUUACAAUGUCUGAAAUGCCUUAGCCGCUCCGAUGCGUUUUCGGAGUUGUACCACUUGUCGUUCGGCACGAUGCCCCAGAGCUUCCGGAAGGAAAGCUUCCUGAAAAAGCUACCGGCGCGUGGAGCGAAACGUCGGACAUCGUACCAAACAACACGCGGCACGACCCGAAAACAUUGAAGAGCUAUACAGCACAGGCGUGAAUAAAACUAAGCAGUCGUGUCUGAAAUGCCUUAUUUGUUUUGUUCAGGAAUUAGACUUUCGUGGUACUGGAAUUACAAACAGAAUGUGUGUAGAGAUACAUCUCAUGCAUGCACGCAUGUACAGCACUUUUUGCUCCAUUAGGGGCUACAAACGCUGUGUGGGUCGUGCAAGUUAUUUGACCAUACUGCACCACGCUCGUCACUGCACGUUGGUGAAGGCCCACAGCAUAGAUCAGAUCUCGUAGAGUAAAGAAACAUUUUGCUGCGCUCCUGUCUGCUGACAACUUAGCCUGGAUGUAGCAUGGCUGUGUUUUUGUACCAUAUUUUGCCACGAUUUGCCAAUUUAUAAUUGAUCCUUUGCAAUGCAAAUGUAUUGAUGAAGUGGUACUUUUUUGUAAUUUUUGCAUGCAUUCUGUGGCUUUUUUCCAUUACCACGAAAAUGUAUCUCCAGUUUGUAUGACGUUUCGUGUUAUAUUGUUAACAUUUGGAAACUUGAGAUUAACAUUUUACUUUAAACAGAAAUUAGAACAGAACCGGUGGAUAGAACGAUGCCAGUUUUUUUUCCAUCAGGGUUACUUUAACAUCUUUUAUAUUGGUUUGCGAAUACUGACGAUACUAACUAUCCAAAAGUGCGCGAAAACCUGUAACAAUGCGGCUGCACUUGCAGAAUUAAUAUUGCAAAUCUGUAGAGCAGAUUGCCGUGUACUCAUUCGGAGAAAUUGUCCAACGGGGAAACACUUGCUGCUUUUUUUAUAAAAUGGUUUCAAUAUUUCUCUUUGUAGACUAACAAACGUACGUUUUCCCAUUUAUAUAUUUUUCUGGAAUAAGUGCCGUUCAUUGAAAAAAAUAUUGGGAAACACAAAACAUCUACCUAAAAUGUCUCACAUUAGACUUAUUAAUUUGUUUUUCAAGGGUAUGCAUUCAGAUUUAUGUUAAUAACAAGGCAUACGUUAUUUAUUUUACGAGGUACGGCUCACUGAGCUAUGUAGCUCUUUUCAGAAUCAACUUGGCCACAAAUAUGUAAAUUUAUAGCAGCCAAAUACUCUAAAUGUAUGUUUCUAAAUGUGGAUGGAAAAACCGGAGGACCUGGAGAAAAAUCCACGCGUCCACGGGGAGAACAUACAAACUCCAAAUAUACAGGCGUCAGGGUCAGAAUCGAACCCACGACCUCCUGUAUACGUUUCACUGGAUGCAUGUAUCCUACUUGGAAUUCCACGUGGCUGAGUGUAAUGGGGGAAACCUUGUAGAGACGUUUAACUCUUGGACAAGCGGUAGGGAAGAGAAGAGGAGCAGAGGGAGGCUGCUUGACUUGGAUCGCAUUGCGAAUGUAGCCGGGAACACGGCGUGUACCAAGGCUCUGUAGCAAAGCCAAAAUCACGCACUAGAGGAGCUUCAUCAACCGGGCUCGCGACUGCUCGGUAAUGAGUAAAACGGCAGAGAAGAGAGAAUCCCGGUGAUUGAGAUGCUCGUGUGCCUAUCGCACAAUGACAGGACAUCGGUAUUAAUUGUGGUGUGCGUGACUGCGGAACGCAUGGUGGUGUGUCUUUGAUGAGCAGUACCCCCGUUCUCAACUCUGUUCCCAACGACAUGAAGCGGAUGCAAUAAUACAGCGACUUUGUUGAAUGCAAACUGAUUGUCCCGGAGACGUGGGACAGCGAAGAAUUAUAUUUUUUGCGCUGCUAUUUAAAAAAAAAGUAAGUUAAUGUUCGGUUUAGAGUUUUGUAAAGUUUCAAAAUCAUAUUGAAAACUCGUUUUUAUUGUAUUUGAUGCUCGCGGGUGUUUUUUUUUGCUUGCGAGCAACACUUAAUAUGGAUACAGUGGUCCUCAAAAUAAGAUGGGGGGCAGACAUGCCGUGCCCAGCAUUUAACGGUGGAUGGGGGGGGGGGCACAGCGGGGUUAUUACGGUCGGAGGUGUGGAGCUGAACAUUGAAAAGAAAUUUUAAAAAUGAAAGCCACACUCUGAAACAGGGCUUGGCAACAAUUUGUUUUCUUGAAUUUGCUAAACGAAAAAAAGAAUCGCUCAAUACCUCAAGAGCCGCAGUGCACUGUGGUCAAUACGAGACUGGUAGUCCUGAAUACAUUUCCCCGCACAUUAGUUUGGCGGCGUUACGAGGACAGUGUACAGGGUGGUGCAGAUGUCUUGUGACCUCCAAUUUAUUGACCCUUAACAUUUUUCCCUUUGCAUAAUAAUUUCUGUUUUAAAUAAAAUCUUACUUUGAAAAAAAUGACGUUUUAGAGAUUUAAAUGGGGGUCACAAAAUAUCUGGACCAGCCUCGAUAUCUCUUGUUUACUUUCCUGUUCAACAGACAACGUAAGAGUUUAACAUUUCAUGUUGGAUUUUUUUUUAUCGUUCACAGAUAUAUGCAGUUUCUUAACAACACAUACUAGAUGAUUUCACUGCUUUGCCAGUGUACGUUUUGCCAUCACGUUAUAAUUGUUUAUCCGCUACAUUUCUGAUGAAGAGUAAAAUAUUGUUCUGCUGACUUUAGCACGUAUCUUGUUUUUAGUUUUUUUGGUUUGCGUCGGUCGGAGCUGCCCCCCGAAUUUAUUUUGCGUGUUACCACUUUCACAUUGUUGCAUGGCGAACAGCAUUAUUUUGUAAUCUGCUGCAGCGAUGCUAAUUCUAUGCUCCAUGAGACUUACAUAAACAACACCUGGGCUCUAAAGAUGUGUCCGAUCAUGCAUUAAAAUG